AUGACCACUUAUGCUGCUCAUGAACAAGACGCUUCCAAUGCUCCCAUUAACCCUAGUGAGAUUAUUGAAGUCACUCCUUUGCAGAUGGUAACCCUUUUCGAUCUCAUAACAAAACGACCCAGAACAAUGCAUGCACGAAGAACCAUAGAGACUACAAGAAGACCUAGGAAUCCCAACUCUGGUCAGAUUUCUCAAUCGUCUGUCCCUUCCUCUAGGGAAGAGCCAACCAAAGAAGGCUCAAGGUAUAAUCACAACGCUAUUGUCAAAAUUGUUACCGAAAUCCUAAAUGAGGACAAUGUUUCAUCCAAGAUCCCUGGUCCUAAGAAUCCCGUGCUUCCUAAGUCAAAUGUCAUUGGGCAUGUUAGUGACACCGCUGGCACCUAUGUCCCAACAAAUGAUGAAAUUAAUGAGAAUGUGCAUGUGAGUGACAAGAAAAGAAAUGAUGUUAGUAUUGAUCACAUUGAAAUUCCUGAUGGUGUUGGACACAAUGAAGAGAUCCCCAGCAAUGUUUCUACUAACACCUGUGUAAAUCACUCUGAAAAGGGCCAUGCUAAAGAAAAAGAACCAGAGAAAACUCAGACUGACAAGGUAAUCAACCUUGAUGAUCUCUCUGACGAUGACCUGGUUGCUUCCAUCAAUCCAAGCAUAGCCAGAAGGCUAAUGAGGAGGGAAGGAAAGCAAGAUGUAGCUGAGGUCUCUCUGAAAAAGAAGGCAGGGGCCAAGUCCGUUUCUGUUGGACCAAAGAAGGUAUGGAGCAAAGUGGUGCCUAAGAAGAGAAAGGCCAGAAGCAUUUCUGAGAAUGAGUCAGAUUCUGAUGUUGCUGUGGAUGUCAAUGACAUUCAUCCCAAGAAGAAGGUCUCUACUAGCAAGCUGGCUGCCAGUGUUCCUGAAGUACCUAUUGAUAACAUUUCAUUUCACUAUCCCUCCAGUACUGUGACUCAACUCUCUAAGUGUUAUGAAGUCAUGGUGAAGGAGUUCAUUGUGAAUCUACAUGAAGACUGUGGCAAUAAGGAAACUGAGGAGUAUUUAAAAGUGUUUGCCAGAGGAAAAUGUAUUAACUUCUCACCCACUGUGAUCAACAAAUUUCUGGAAAGGUCAAAUGAAGCUCAGCCAGAGCUGGAAGUGUUUGAUAAUCAAAUGUGCAAAGAGAUUACUGUUGGCCAAGUGAAGACAUGGCCUGUCAAAGGUAAAUUCAUCUUUGCUAUUGGUACUAAGUCCAAAGCUGAUUAUGGUACUUAUAUUUUUAAGCAAACCUUAAAGCAUGCUGGUAGCUAUAGUGUCAAAGGAUUUGGAGUCCAGAAAAUUGGCUUUGAAAGAUUAAUCAGCUCUCUGGAAACGAGUGAAAAUGCUAAAUCUGCAUAUACUGCUGAGGAGGAACAGGGUGAAGAUGAUGAUGGUUCAGACAAUCAGAUUGAGAAAGAAGCCAGUCCUGAUGAUGGCACUGAUAACAGUGUAGAACUCAGUAGCUCUGAGUCUGAAGACUAA